GCUGUCGGAGGAACCGUUGCAAAAUCUCAUCAUGAGCACUUUAAUUGAUAACGACACAAUAUUAUCAGAAAACGAACAAUGGACAAGAUUGGAGGAAGAAUGGGGUAAACCGAUCGAUCUAGAAGUUGACGCAGAAGACGAUUCGCCAAGAAUAAAAUCAGCUUACAGCACAUUGGAUCUGAAAGGUACUACGUUUGAUUCAUCGUUUCUGUUCAAGAAAGUAAGAAGGAAAAUAGGAAGGCAGCUAUCUAAGAAGUCCACGUCAUCAGCAUUGGAAUACAACGAUUUUAUCAGUAAUUUGAAAGAUGAUCCGAGCAGAGAAUCAUCCAAACAAUUUUAUUUCAUCAACGGUCAACUAGUAUCAGCUGCCUCCAUCGAAAACAUAUGUGAUACAAUCGAUGACAUUUUCAAAUCGAUCGAUAAGCUUUCGACGGUGACAAGUACGGUGAGGAAGGAGAAAUUUCCAGAUAAAGUCCAGUGCAGUAUAUCAGCGACUGACCUAUCAUUUGACACAGACACUGAAGACACGAAAUACAGUGAAAUCGAGAGGCAUAUCGAAGAAGCUUUCGAAGAAUUCAAUUCUAUAUCAGCUGUAGACGCCAUCGACCAGUCGACCUUGGACUCUGUUACGACGCUGGUUCAGAAAUUCAGUUCAGUGUUAAAUGAUCCCGUUAUACAAUGUAGCCCACGGAGACGAAGACAGUGCUGUGAAAAGUUCAAGGAACUGGCUGAUUUUUGGAAAAAUCGUGCGUUUGAGUCUGAUUAAACAAAUAAGAGGGUAGGUUGAGAUUUUAUUUAUACAAAUUAAGUUAACAUUAGAUCUAAUAUUUCCAUAUAUUUUGUUUUGUAUAACGAAUGCACAAUCCGCAUGUGACUUUAAUUUAAUUUCAGUCAAUGUAUUUAUAUUAGUGACCCUUCAA